AUGGCCGUCACUAAGUACUCUCAAUAAGGUGAUGUUUUACUUCUUUUGGCCAUCAGGAAAAAGAGGCUAUCAACUCCUCUACCUAGGCAUUGAGGGAUGCCUAGUUGCUGAGCAGGUGGUGAACAUAGCCAUCCCUCUUCAGCUUGGAUUGAUAACAGAUGCGCUGGCAGACUUCAACAGAACCAUCCCCGGGAAAAAGAUAAUGGUAUUUAUGCUACUGCAAUGGCUCGGCUCAAGUGGCGGAUUAGUAGUGCUCAGGGAGCAUGUGCAGACGGUCCUUGACAAUCAUUCAUACCAUCAAAUAACCACCACAGCAUUCAACCAUAUCAUGUCCUUGUCGAGUGACUUUCAUGACAAAACGAACUCAACAGCUCUGGCACAAACUGUUAUUCGUGGCCGAGGAGCCCGAGGUGGUGUGGCCAAGCGUAUAUGUUUUUGGGUGGUCCCGAUGAUUGUGGAUCUAGCUUUGGCCGCCGGCACUUUAUAUUACAUCUUUGGCGCUUAUAUGUCGUUGAUAGUUGCAGCCGUGGCCGUGGUGUUAGUGUGGACAUCUAGCAAGCUGAUUCACCACCAGCAAGACAGAUGGAAGCAGUGGGCGGAAAAACAGACAAAUGAGGCAACCAUCUUCCAAGAGUCUCUUAGUCAUUGGAGGAUAGCGGCAUACUUUAGUUGUGUCCCUCAUGAACAAAAUCAAGUCUGGUCUGCUGUUCAAGACCAGCUGAAGUUGAGAGCUACAUCAAUGCUCUGA